AUGGCAGAAGCCGCGACUAUGAGAGCCGGGAGCGAGGAACAAGAGCGUCCUCGCAGAAGCCAUGAGUCGCUGAUUGCCACCGCAAUGCGAUUGCUGGGUGAGCAGGCGAGGGGCGAUCAGAUUGCCCUCCUGGCGAUGUUGCUCCAGGAGAAAGAGAUGGAGAAGGAGUUUGAGAUACAGCUAGUGAUGAAGGACAGGGACAUGGCGCAUGCCAUCCAAAUCAACAAGUUCAAGCGUCAGUUGUCCUACGUCACUCAGAGGUAUCUCCUCGAGAAGCUUUUCUUCAAGGUAUUUUCGCUGGUCGACUCACAGGAUCGGCCAGCACAGCAAGCCUUAGCUAAGCUGCCGACGUCACUACGGAAGCGGUUCAAGCAGAAGAGCUUGUCGAUGACAGAGCUGAACAGGCUGCUGCUCGCCAAUCAUAAGCUACGGAUAGCAGCAUGGGAGUACGUGGGACUGCCUCGAUGGCUCCAAUUGCCUCAUUUCGAUGAGAGCCCGGAGCUCCUCUGCGGCAUCUUGUCGGAAGCGAUGCACUCUCCCAACGGAGCUUACGUGUACAUAUCAGAUCAGGCGCCUGCAGUGGAGGCAAAAUUCUUCAAGAAUCUCGCCAGGGUGUUUCGAAAGGAGCUAGAGACCUACAACCAGGACUUGGCAGAGCAAGGAAUACAGGAGGAGGUAGUCGAGGCUCGCCGAACCGCGGCCACAGCUGCCCCCGUCGCCGAUGCUUCAGCCUAG